AUGGCGAAGCGCAACCUUGACUCCAAGGCAACCCGGACCAACGUGUGCCUAGAGCAGUCGGCGAUAAGGAGGCAAGAUCCCGAUGGACUCGGGAAAGAUGAUGAAGGAGGAGGCCCCGACCGCAUCAGCGACCUCCCCGACGCCGUCCUCGGGGAGAUCAUCUCCCUCCUCCCCACCAAGGAAGGCGCUCGGACCCGCAUCCUCGCGUCCCGGUGGCGCAACCUCUGGCGCUCCGCCCCUCUUAAUCUCGACUGCUAUGAGCUUACCACCACUUGGGGUGAGCUCGCUGGUGUGGUAUCACGCAUCCUUUCCUCCCACCAAGGCCCGGGUCGCUGCUUCCGCAUCCCCUGCGGAUUUCUUCCCUACGAAGCGGCCACCGUGGACUCCUGGCUCCAGUCCCCCGCCAUCGACAACCUCCAGGAGCUUCGUUUCUCUUACCCGAUGCUGCAUAAUCAGUCGCCGUUGCCGCUGUUGCCAGAAUCCUUUCUCCGCUUCUCGACCACCCUCCGUGUGGCCACCAUCGAACAUUGCCACCUCCUCGACAGCAUUGUCCAAGGGCUCCAGUUCCCCCAGCUUAGGCAGCUCACACUUUCAAUUGUUAGGAUCUCCGAGUGUUCGGUUCCCCACGUGAUUGCCGGGUGCCCUGCUCUGGAGUGCUUGAUGAUAAGAGAUUGCUUCGGCUUCCGUCGCCUCGGGAUCAAUUCCAUUAGCCUCAGAAGCGUCGGUGUGCAUGCUGAAUGUUAUCGGGAUGAGCUCAACUUUGGAGAGCUUAUCAUCGAGAAUGCCCCUUGUCUUGAAAAGUUGCUCCAUCUUGGUUGCACUGGUGAUCUGCAUGUAUCGGUAAUCUUUGCACCUAAACUAGAGACAAUGCGCUGCUGUUCGAACCCCACCACUAAAACCUCGUUUGGCUCCAUGGUUAUUCAGGGGUUGCGCAUUGAUGGCCUUACAACGGUGGUGCGCACUAUCAAGUUUUUGUCCGUUGAUAUGGAUAAAUUUUGUCUGGAUACAAUUAUUAACUUGAUGAGAUGCUUUCCAUGUCUGGAGAAGUUGUACAUUCAGUCAUAUUUAUCAGGGCCAAAGAAUUUGUGGCUUAGUAAACACAAGAACUUCAUCAACGGCCAUGAUAUCCGUCUAAAGAAAAUAAUGUUUAAACUGUAUCGCGGCACCAGGUCGCAGGUUAGCUUCGUGACAUUCUUUGUGUUGAAUGCGAGAGUGUUAGAGUCGAUGAUACUUGAGAUUGAACACAAGAACGACAACGAGGAGUUCUUGGCAGAACAUCGUAGGAAACUGCAGCUAGAGAAUAGGGCUUCAAGAGGUGCUCGGUUUCAGUUUACAACUGAUAAAUGUGUGCGCAAUGUUUGGGACAUCAACGAUGCCCGUGUUUUGGAUUUAGCUGAUCCGUUCGCAUGUUUAUGUUAAGUCAGGGUCUGGUCUGUUUCGGAGCUAUUCCUGACCAUCAUCAGAUCUCAUUUUGUGCCUUGUCCAAACUUGUUUAGCUCUCACUCAUGUCUGUUGUCUACUUGUCUUCUGAAGUUUGUAUUGUCUGAACCUUAUGACAGCUAAGCAAGCUAUUUGUGCCACUAGUUUGUGAUGUGCUAUGUGGCAUUUAAACAAGUCUGUAUAAUCUGAUUCCACUACCAGAUAUAUACUGAUGGAUACCUGGAUGCAUACAAGCUACCUGUGCUUGUGGGUAGGUAGUUCUGGUGUUCUUGUUCCACGGUAUUACCAAGAUAUAUAACAAGAUAUCUGUGUGGUUGAUUUUA